ACUGACGCGGUUUCAGUAGACCCCACACCACAACACAACACACUGAGAAAACUUCACAACACCAAUUCUUGGCUCUGUCUCUAUCUGCUUACCCAACGAAUUUGCGUAAUCCAUCUUUGUUUUUUCUCAAAGCUUUCGACUCGUGCGACGACAGAUUUGAAACAGUGCAAAGCUUGGAUGGGGAUGAGAGGUAGAUAGAUAAUUCCAAGAUACGGGUCUUGUUUCAAGAGAUUAGAUUUACGAUAAUUCCGUUACUCUUUUGGAUUUAUAUCUUCCCGGAAAUUUUGGCUCUGACACAAGAUACACACACACACACACAAUAUUCUGUAAAUGGUUGAAAUCCCCUGUGAAUUUCGACGGCUCUUGUUGAAUUCGGUUGCUGCGUCUUCGUGGGUAUCUGAGAGAUGUCGCAGAAGAGGGAGUUUGAAGAAGGGAAAGCUCGUGUGGGAGGUGGGUCACCGGAGGAUAAGCGUAGAAGAUUCAAAAGUGUGGUGCAGGAGGUAAUGAGAUUGCAAACUGUCAAACAUUUUCUCGAACCCGUUCUCGAGCCCUUGAUUCGUAAAGUGGUAAAAGAAGAAGUUGAAUUGGCUCUUGGAAAGCAUCUAGCAGGAAUCAAGUGGAUAUGUGAGAAAGAGAUUCAUCCUCUGGAAUCAAGGAACCUACAGUUGAGGUUCUUGAACAAUCUCUCGCUUCCUGUGUUUACUUCAGCUCGAAUCGAAGGAGAUGAAGGCCAAGCUAUAAGAGUAGGAUUAGUCGAUCCUUCGACUGGUCAGAUUGUCUCCUCGGGGCCCGCAUCAUCUGCGAAAAUCGAAGUUUUUGUGGUCGAGGGUGAUUUUGACAGUUAUAGCGGUUGGACAGCUGAGGAUGUCAGGACUAACAUUGUAAGAGAGAGAGAAGGAAAGAAGCCUCUACUCAGUGGGAAUGUGUUUGCGGUUCUUAAUGAAGGCGUCGGUGUUAUGGAUGAAAUUUGCUUUACGGACAACUCUAGCUGGACUAGGAGCAGGAAGUUCAGGCUCGGUGUACGAAUGGUGGAUCAAUUUGAUUUUGUCAAAGUUCGAGAGGCAGUAACAGAGUCCUUUGUCGUGAGGGAUCACCGUGGAGAAUGUAAGUAUUGCUUGUUAGUUUAUCCUCUCACAUUGUGUACCAUUGAACAAAAUUUGGAGAAUCUUCUCUCUGUGUUUUAGUUGAUGGAUUUGUUUGAAUAACCUAAAAGAAUUGGUUUCUUUCUUCUGCCUCUCUCUCUCUCUCUCUCUCUCACUCUCGUUCUUUCUUUUCUUGUAGUGUACAGAAAGCAUCAUCCUCCUUCUCUAUUCGAUGAAGUGUGGAGAUUGGAAAAGAUAGGGAAAGAUGGAGCAUUUCACAAACGGCUGAAUUGGUCAAAUAUUAACACUGUCAAGGAUUUCCUAACACAUUUCCAUUUAAACUCUUCAAAACUCCGGAAAAUUCUUGGUACGGGUAUGUCUUCAAAGAUGUGGGAAAUUACGUUGGACCAUGCUCGAUCAUGUGUUCUGGAUAAUAGCGUCCAUGUGUACCAGCCUCUUGGAUUUCAGAAGAAAACCGCAGUGGUCUUCAAUGUCGUAGCUCAAGUGCUUGGACUGCUCGUGGACUUUCAUUACGCUCAAGCGGAGGAGAUGAUAAUUGCUGCAUUGAGUCACCCGGAAGAAGUAAUCUCGUAUGAUGAUGAGUCCACCAUGAUGAGGAGCUUUCUCAAUGUCCCAUCUUCUCAAAGCAGCGUUGGGAUCGAUUACUCCGGUCUGAGUUUGACCAGCUUGGACGGUUAUGGUUUUGUGCCAAAUCUUCACAGCAACACAGCAGAAGGUAGUGGACAGUACAGUGACGACGUUGACAUGGAGGUUACUCCACAAGGUUUAUACGAAGACUUCAGUCUCUGGAAUUGCUCUCAGAUUAUAGGAUUAGAGGAGCCGCAAUCAGAUUUGCAGAGUGCGCUUGAAGGUUUCAUGUCACAGAAGGAUGUAGCGAUCGUUAAGGCUCACAGAAGAAGGUGGACAAAGCUCUUCAGUGUCUCGAAAUGGCUCUCUGUUUUCAAGAAUGUUUCAGUUAGGAAAAAAUCUGAAGUGAGUUAGUACCCAAAAAAGAAGAAGAAGAAGAAGAAGAAAAAGCGACUCGCCCUGGACAAGAUUGGUGUAUAUACAGAAAGCUCGUGAAUCUCGGGUUUCUGAUCAAUCCAGAGGCGUUCAAAAGAUUACUUUUUUUUUUUACCAUCUUCGUUUGCUCUUUUCCAUCUUUGUGUUGAAGAUGUGAAUAUUAAUAUGUUAGGAAAGCUUCAUUUUUGUUGGAGGCUUCAAAAAACAGUCUUUUAUAAUUUUUGUGAUGAGAUUUAUUCAAGUACUGUAGACGUAGAUACAAAUCCAGUUUUGGACUGGUUUCUUGUUUCUUGGAAUGUAUUUUUCUUCUUCUUGGUUUGCCAGUUUAUGUUAAACGCUGUCUUACAGUUCAAAAUAGUCUUUGUUAGGGUGAUGAGUACACAUAAAAUAGUUUUGGGAUCUAAAUGGAAUAACUCUAGAGUAUAUAGCUAAACCUGAAAUUCUUCUUCCACAUUUCUAAAGUUUCUCUGAUUCCUCUGUGCGUCGUCAUCUGCGUCGACUGACUGGGCAUGGCGUUUUUGUUCAACAGCGUUUCGAUCUCGUCUCAUUUCCGUUCUUCUUCACAGAAGACGAGUGAUGCCUUAUCACUAUCUCGUCGUGGACUCCACAUCGAGCCAGGAACUCGGGAGAAAGCUGUAAUUUCUCUCUUCUCAUCGUUAUUUAGCUAUUGGCUGAAGAUGCUGCUUUGAAGAGAUUCAAGUCUCAUAAGAGAGGUGUGCACAGAUUGAAAAAGAUUGGAGAUGUCCUCACAGUCGUCGUUGUUGCAGGAUGUUGCUAUGAAAUCUAUGUCAAAGCUGUGAUGAAAAAAGAAGCUAAGGCUGCAGGAAAAAGCUCAUGAGUCUUGUCUUUGUUGUAUGCUUUUUUCUUCUUUUAAUACAUUCUUUUUUUUUUUUUUUCUAACAAUCUGUCAAUAAUGUUUGUUUACUCAGUGCUCAAGGCAUCUAAUAAAGUAGACAAAAAGAAAAAGACAUUUUCGAGGGAAACAAAACACAGGCUUUUUCUGUUUUUUUGCCGUUAUGUGUUGUAGUUCAUGUUUCAGAAAAAAAAAGAAUUUCCUAUCACAUUUUCAUUUUUUUUUUUUUGGUACUUUGUUUCAUAUUUUCCCCUUAUGAAUCUACAUAUAAACAUAUCUGUGUUAAUGAUCAUACUUUAUAA